UACAGGGCAAACGCUGUUUACAGUUUGUCGAAAUGUUGCAUAGGUAAAUAUAAAGUAAUUACAGUUCCAGUUUUUUCGACUUAUUUGGUAGUAUGGAGAUCGAAAAUACAUUCAAACAAUGGAAGAAGCAGUGUUUGAACAAGAUGGAUUUAAGCAAAAAGGGAAGUGUUGAUGAAGACAUCGCGCACGUUGUUCGUGCCUUAAACGAUGCUGAGAAUUACUUUACAACGAGUUCGUGCUCCGGGCGAAUAAUACUGAUUGACGGGGUCUCAGACUGUCAAGAUGUGCAAAAACAGAACUGCUCCUGGCUUUUUGUGACACACCAGCAAUGCCAGAAGACAGAUGUGGUCUCAGGGUUGGAGAGGUCAUGUGGAGAUGCCGUCUUCAAGUUUGAACCCUUUGUUCUGCACGUACAGUGCAGACGGCUGGAAGAUGCACAGCUCUUGCACAACGUUGCAAUAAAUUCUGGCUUCAGAAACUCUGGAAUAACUGUUGGCAAAAAGGGUAAAAUAAUAACGGCUGUGCGGAGCACCCAUUGUCUUGAAGUUCCCCUCAGCCAAAAGGGACAAAUCUUAGUCAGUGAAGACUACAUUGAGUUCCUGGUGGAAGUGGCCAAUCAAAAAAUGGUAGAGAACCUCAGAAGAAUAGAAAGGUUCCAUGAGUGCUUACAGUCAGCCCUGCAAUCAGAAGGCUCUCAGUGUAAGAAUACAGAUGUGACACAGGAAAAGUCAGUGUACAGGCGGAGAAGAAAGAAGGCACUGGACCGUCCAGCAGACUCCUGUCAGGACAGUAAAGAAACCACCGCCAGUGAGGAGGAAGAUGGGUUGGACUAUGGGGUGAACCUGUUUACAUAGAUGCUCCUCUUUGGCUUUCUCGAGUGGGGCUCUGUUGCCAGAGUCUGUAUGGAGAUGUGGAUAUUGUAUGUCAAUUUUCAUGUGCUGUCUGGAAACCUCCAAACAGCCAACAGGAGGGAGAAAGCAGUUCCAUCCUUUGGAUUGACUUUGAGGUUUGAAAGAGAAUGGAAUGCUCGCAGUUCAGCAGGUUGCUUAUUGUGAUAGUCACUUUCCCAGGGUCCUCUAACAAACCCAAAAUAUAUAUGAGAGAAUGUGUUGUUUGUGACAUAAUCGUCAUUCUUUUCAUGUGCAUGAAACAUUUUACAUUACACUCACUACCCCCUUCUGUUGUAACAGUAAGCAAAAUUAAAGAUACAUUCAUAUAAGUGGAGUUUAUUUUUUAGCAGUAGGUAAAACUCAAGGACACAAGUGCUUUUGGGGAUUGCCGAGGAAACUGAGCUCCUUAUUGGAGCACUGAGAUCAGCCAUGUCAGUCAAAGCAGCCCAGGAGGCAUAGAGUUAGUAUGCGGUUCACAGAUUGGGGAAGAGGUAUUUUUAAUGUGUUUUUAAAGUGAUUUUAUUCCACCCUUUUCUCGAGGCCACUGUGUUUCAAUGCCCUGUGAAGCUGUGGAAUCAUGGGAAGCCAGAUGGUAACGUGAAACGUUUCUGUGGGCUGUGUGUGGGAAGAUCUGGGCCACAUACAAUUUAAUAAUUUGAAAAAUCCAAAACUAAUAUCAAAAGGAUAAAGUCAUAAAGCCAUAAAAGGAUAAAGCCAUCCCUGUCCACAGAGCGGUCAGCAUCACCAGGAGGUGAACACAUGUCCGUCUUUCCUGGUACCGGUGUUGUUCAGUACAUGUGCUGUGAUGACUCAGAGGUGACUGUUACGCUGUGUUACACCCACAAGACGCAGUACUUUCCCACAUGGAAGAUGGAGAGCUGCACGCAGUGACACAUGGUUGCAAUAGUCUUAUCAAAAAAUUGGAACCUUCGCGCAGAAUAAGAUGUCUUGCCCUGGCAAGUACAUGUAAGCAAACAUAAUCCACUUCCUUCUUGGAACCUUUGAUUCCAACCGUCUUUGAUUGUGAGCGCCAGUGCAAAAACAAAAGUUGUUGUUUUUCAAGCAUCCACAAAUCUGUUUCCGUUUAAGGCCCGGCUAGCCCCAGCCCUGCGUGUGCAAAGCCGACGGCCUCCUUGCCUGUGAAGAGGCAGACACUCCGGCUUUCAUUACUGUUCAGUGGAACAUAAAAACGCGCUGUAUUAUUCAUCUCUGACAAGCGGCCCCGUCCACGGCAGUGAACCCCCCCCAUGUUAAAAUUGCAUGCGGUUUCGAGCACAUUUCCUUUGAAUCAGACUCCAUUUACUUGUGGGCCUCGUCCCGCACGGCUCAUUUAGGAGCCUUGCCUCAUUAGUGUGCCGCUUCCCCUUGCGUUUCCCACUUCACUCCGGGCUGUGUUUCACAUUUACAUCAAUUAACAUCUAUUCCAGAUCUUACGUUUUUCCAAAUUGGGCACUUGAUCUAUCUUAGAUCACUUGCUACAUUUCUUCUUC